UGUAAUUCUCACAGUUUAUCCUCGACUUUCCCCACAAUGAACAGACUGCACCUUCUCGUUCUGGGCAUCCUAUUGGCUGUCAUCACAGAAAGCUUCUGCAUACAAGUUCCCGGGGGACUCGGUCCUCAACAAUUUGCAGGACCAGGAGAGCAGGCUCUUGUACAAAAAAAUCGAAAUGCUAUCAUUCGAAAGAUGCCAUCAUACAUGCGGGGGCCAUUUGGAACAUUCAAAGCCUUGACAUUUAAGACACAGGUCGUUCAAGGAACGAACUAUUUCAUCAAGGUGCGUAUUGCUGGUCGUCGUCCUCGCUUCAUUCACGUCCGAAUCUAUACUCGACUGAACAACCGUAGCAGAGUGGACGGGGUAAAAUCCGUGAACCAAUAUGAACCCAUAAUGUUUUUCUAGAGAUCUUGGCACGUACGAUAUUGUAAUUUAUCGGAUUAAUAUACUGCAAGA